AGGUUCUUCAUAAUAUUGCUGUUGCAUAAUACUUUCGAGAUGGUUGCAUUGAUCCGAGGAAUCUCCUUGAUGCAUUAAACAAGGUUAAAGAGCAGAGUGAAGAGCUUACACAUACUUUUGUGGACCAGACUGACUCUGAGAAUAGCUGCCUAGGCUAUAUGGUUUCAGGGUCUAAAGCUAAUAUUGCUUUAAUUCAUCAAAGUGCUGCUAUAAAUAGCAGUAGAGUUGUCCAUGCCCAAGAGUUUGAUGUUUCAGUAACAAUGCUGAAUAUUGCAAUCAUUCUCUACCAUAUCCAUGAGUAUGCACAGUCAUUAUCUGUUCUCAAAAAGUUGUUCCAGAAUAUCAAGCCAAUUGAAGAGCAAAUAGCUCUCCGUGUAUGCCUUUUUCUACUGGAUGUUGCAUUAGCUUGUGAAGAUAUUUUAUAAGUCUCAGUAAAUUUCUUUGUAAUCAACACCUGGUGUUCUUACUACUUUUUCAACUAUGAUUUUUAGUC